GCACCCCUCCUCAAAACCCGCGCCAUCAGAGCUCAAACCACACAAUAUGCUAAAGUGGGACGCCUCGAUUGGCGCCAGAAUUGCCUAUCAGCCGUCCCGGACAAGACAUCCACCACCACUAAGCCCUAAAUCUUUAAAUCCGCGAUCGACCGCCGCCCUCGUUCUUCGCAGCCCCAUCCACCGCCCCCGGACGCUUCCAAUCCAACCGUUCGACGGAACUCCCCACAGAAGGAUUGGACAUGUACGUGGUGAAGCGCGACGGCCGGCACGAGGCCGUCCACUUCGACAAGAUCACGGCGCGGCUUAAGAAGCUGAGCUACGGGCUCAGCCAGGAGCACUGUGACCCCGUGCUUGUCGCCCAGAAGGUGUGCGCCGGUGUCUACAAGGGCGUCACCACCAGUCAACUCGACGAGCUCGCCGCGGAGACCGCCGCCGCCAUGACCUCCAACCACCCCGACUACGCCUCGCUUGCUGCGAGGAUUGCGGUUUCCAAUUUGCACAAGAACACAAAGAAGUCAUUUUCGGAAACGGUUAAGCUGAUGUAUCAUCAUGUCAAUGAGAGAUCUGGACAGGAGGCACCCUUGAUCGCCGAUGAUGUUUACGAGAUAAUUAUGAAGAAUGCUGCUCGUCUGGACAGUGAGAUAAUUUAUGAUCGAGACUUUGACUAUGAUUAUUUUGGAUUUAAAACUCUUGAGAGGUCGUAUCUCUUAAAAGUUUGUGGCAAGGUAGUGGAGAGGCCACAACACAUGUUGAUGAGAGUAGCUGUUGGAAUCCACAAAGAUGACAUUGACUCUGUCAUUGGAACAUACCAUCUGUUGUCUCAGCGGUGGUUCACUCAUGCUUCACCCACCUUGUUCAAUGCAGGCACCCCCAAGCCUCAGUUAAGCAGUUGUUUCCUCGUAUGCAUGAAAGAAGAUAGCAUUGAGGGAAUAUAUGAUACUCUGAAGGAGUGUGCUAUAAUAAGCAAGUCAGCUGGAGGAAUUGGCGUUUCUGUUCACAACAUCCGUGCAACAGGAAGUUAUAUCCGUGGUACAAAUGGAACAUCCAAUGGUAUUGUUCCCAUGCUAAGGGUGUUCAAUGAUACUGCUCGUUAUGUUGAUCAAGGAGGUGGCAAAAGAAAGGGUGCAUUUGCUGUAUAUUUGGAGCCUUGGCAUGCUGAUAUAUAUGAAUUUCUUGAGCUUAGAAAGAACCAUGGAAAGGAAGAGCAUAGAGCUAGGGAUUUGUUUUAUGCCCUUUGGAUUCCAGAUCUCUUCAUGGAAAGAGUGCAGAGUAAUGGACAAUGGUCUUUGUUUUGCCCUAAUGAAGCUCCAGGGCUAGCUGAUUGUUGGGGAGAUGAUUUUGAGAAACUCUACCUUAAGUACGAGAAAGAAGGCAAGGCGAAGAAGGUUGUUACAGCACAGAAUCUUUGGUUUGAGGUCCUCAAAUCUCAAAUUGAAACUGGAACACCAUAUAUGCUUUUCAAGGAUACUUGCAAUAGAAAAAGUAAUCAACAGAAUCUUGGCACAAUUAAGUCUUCAAACCUAUGCACAGAGAUUAUUGAGUACACUAGUCCAACGGAAACAGCUGUGUGCAACUUGGCAUCCAUUGCUUUAUCUCGGUUUAUCAGAGAGAAGGGGGUUCCGAUAGAAUCACAUCCAUCCAAGCUGGUUGGCAGUAGUGGGUCGGCAAACAGAUACUUUGACUUUGACAAGCUUGGUGAGGUAAGUGCUAUAAUAACAGCAAACCUCAACAAAAUAAUUGACGUGAACUACUACCCAAUUGAAACUGCAAGGAGAUCGAAUCUCCGUCAUAGGCCAAUUGGAAUUGGGGUUCAGGGUUUGGCUGACACUUUCAUCUUACUUGGCAUGCCCUUUGAUUCGCCCGAGGCUCAGCAGCUGAACAAGACAAUAUUUGAGACCAUAUACUACCAUGCUCUUAGAGCUUCUUGUGAAAUUGCUAGGAAAGAUGGUUUUUAUGAGACUUAUCAAGGAAGUCCAGUGAGCAAGGGAAUUCUCCAACCUGACAUGUGGAACAUUACUCCAUCAGACCGAUGGGAUUGGUCUGCAUUAAGGGAAAUGAUAUCUAAAAAUGGUGUCAGGAACUCUCUUCUUAUUGCUCCUAUGCCUACUGCAUCAACUAGUCAAAUUCUUGGGAACAAUGAAUGUUUUGAGCCAUACACAUCUAACAUUUACAGUCGCAGGGUCCUAAGUGGAGAAUUUGUUGUUGUGAACAAACAUCUCCUACAUGACUUGACUGAGAUGGGUCUGUGGUCACCUACACUCAAAAACAAGAUAAUUUAUGAUGAUGGUUCCAUUCUCAAGAUUCCUGAAAUUCCAGAUAAUUUGAAAGCAAUAUACAAAACCGUAUGGGAGAUUAAGCAAAGGACUCUAGUUGACAUGGCUGUUGAUCGUGGGUGCUACAUAGAUCAGAGUCAGAGUCUUAACAUCCAUAUGGACCAACCCAAUUUCGGAAAGUUAACGUCAUUGCACUUCUAUGCAUGGUCUAAGGGUUUAAAGACUGGAAUGUACUAUUUGCGUACACGUGCUGCCGCCGAUGCAAUCAAGUUCACAGUUGACACCUCUUUGCUCCAGAAAACUAAUAAACCGGUAGAGGAUGAUGAUGUGGAAGCCAAACUGGCACAAGUUGCUUGUUCCCUAGAAAAUGGUGAAGCGUGCAUGGCGUGUGGAAGUUAGGACGUAUCAUAUUUCAGCCGAAGGGAUACUCUUAGUUGGUGAUUCAAUCAUCGAUUGAAUGAUGAAAAGUACCGAUGGUCGGUUAUCUUCAGACUGGAGCUCUCCUGGCCUCCUUUUUGAAGCUCUUUUGGCCUCCUUUUAUAUUUGCUUGAUAGAAGAAGAGCUUGCGAUUUUAGGUCUUUUGCUAUUUACUUAUGGCCACUAUCUACACUUAAUGCUUUGUGUAAGUAGCUCUGUAUCAACAUGAUAUAAUAUUGGUGCAUGUCAUGGAGUUGCUCUCCCUCUUUCUAAACUUGUGUGAUCAACAAUCAUAAGUUAUCUUGUAUUGGUGUUUUGUGGAAUUCCCCAAGAUCUGUAAUCUUGGGUUUCUGGGUUUA